AUGGAAGACCCCAAUAGACCCGUUACUGGUUAUCCUGUCAAUCCCAAUGGUUACUCCGCUAAUCCGCCACCCGGCACUGCCUAUCCCUAUGCCGCCCCUGCCCCCAGUUCCUACACCAGUUACCAAAACUACCCCCCGUACUCCCAACAAAGUUACCAACCUGACCCAGACUUGGUCCGACGCGCCACCUGUGUCCGCCGCAUCUUUUCGUUUAUUAUAGGACUUGUUGUUAUCUUUGGUACCAUCGCCUUCAUUGUUUGGAUUAUCCUCCGCCCCCAGCUUCCUGAGUUCCGGGUCGACUCGGUUUCGUUCUCCAAUUUUACUAUUACCAACGAUUCUCUUGUUUCAUUUACCUCAGAAGCCCGGCUUACUGCGCGGAACCCGAAUAAGAAAAUGACAGUUGAUUACGAUCAUAUCGAGGCCAUGAUUUUAUACAAAUCACAGACCCUUUCGGAUACUGCUGUUCCACCCUUUUUCCAAGAUACCAAAAAUGAGACAUCUUUAAAGGCAAAUUUUGCUGCCGCUGGGAGUUUUGUGGAUAAGUGGGUAGUGGAUGGGAUAAAUAAUGAGAGGAACAAGAAUGGGAAUGUGCGGUUCAACUUGAGGAUGCUCUCGAGGGUUAGGCUCGAGUCGAAGGCAUGGCCGACGCGAAAGAGGUCGCUGAAGGUGUUUUGCGAGGAUUUGGCCGUUGCAUUUCCGAGUAAUGGGAGAUCGGGGACAUUAACCAGUGGCCCGAAGCAGUGUCGCGUUGGGAUUUGA